AGCUAAAUCUUCUUUACUGUUAUGUUUUAGAAGAUCUUCACCAGUCUCAGGGCGAAGGACAGGGAAGGCCUGUUGCUUUUGAUGAGACAAGGGUGAUAUUCAGAGCCCACUGAAGCACUUGAGAUAGAUAGAUUUAACAACAGAGGCCCCUUUGGUUGCUCUGUAGAUCACUGUUUGUCUACUCACAGCAACUCUCCUGUUUUACCCACCAAAGUGAAGGCAAGGGAGAUCUCUGAACGUGUGUGAGAUUAGGCUGUGUACGUAGUUUCUCUGCAGAAGAAAUGGUCCACGCAGGUAGUGGAUGUUGAGAUGUUAGCCUCUUGAUAUUUGACUGACGUAGUGCAGAGCAGUUGGAUUGAACUGAGAAGUGGCUUAGUAUUUUGAUAAACUUUCCAGAAUAAAUGUAUCUUUUCCAUUCAUCUUACUCUCCUGUUCCUGGUCCUCAUGUGCUGAACAUCAAAAAUUGGCCUCUCCUUUUUGUUUUCAUUUGUUUUGCCUUAAAAUUGUCCCUAUUUCAUGGUAAAAAAUGGAGACUGUGAAUCUACCAUGAUAUAUACUCUUGCAGAUACUUUUUUCCUCAUACUUUUUUUAAAACCCUCUCAGAUAAAUACGUAGUCAUUUCUGUCAAUAUUUCUAACUUGUGGCGAUGUGUAUGUUCUUUAUAAGGACACCAAAGCAGUGCCUAGAGAGGGCUCUAGGCUGAAGUUCAGAUGUAAUCAACCUCUUCAUAACAAAACUGUCCUACUGCAGGGGAAGAAAUAAGACUGUGGUUCCUAGAAAUUUGGUUAGACAGCAUAAUGCCACCAAAAGAAACCCUGACAAAACACUGAAGAGCUGCACAAGUCAAGAAGAGCUCUAUGCACCGAAAAUCUAAUGAGGCCCCUUAAGAACUAUGGAAUCGCAUGCAUGUCUAUGGGUUUCUUGAUAGAAGAGACUGCCCCAGUUGUGUGGAGAGGGCUCAUGGUAAUGUCAGCUGUUGAAAAAUUGUUGAGACAGGUUGACUGGGGUCAACUGGACUAUUUAGUAAUUGACAUGCCGCCUGGGACUGGAGAUGUACAGCUCUCAGUGUCACAGAAUAUUCCAAUUGCAGGAGCUGUGAUCAUCUCCACGCCACAAGAUGUGGCUUUAUUGGAUGCACGCAAAGGAGCUGAAAUGUUUAGAAAAGUCCACGUACCUGUUUUAGGACUGGUUCAGAAUAUGAGUGUUUUCCAGUGUCCUAAAUGUAAGCAUGAGACACAUAUCUUUGGAGCUGACGGUGUAAGAGAUCUAGCAAAAACCCUUGGGUUGGAUAUUUUGGGAGACAUUCCACUGCACGUUAAUAUACGGGAGUCGUGUGAUUCAGGACAGCCUGUUGUGAUCGCUCAGCCUCAAAGUGAUGCUGCUAAAGCCUAUCUAAAGAUAGCUAUGGAAAUAGUAAGAAGACUGCCAGUACCUCCUGCUUGAAGUAUUUACCACAGAAACUUGCAAAAAAAGCCAUCUGUGUUGCAACCAAUGCAGAAGAGUCCUGCUACCUAAUAAUGUGGAGGCCAUACCUUAGUUUUAAGAACUUCUUUAGGAGUUAAUUUACCAGAGAUUAAAUUAAGAUUGUGAUAUUUACUGGUUUUUGAAUCAUUGCUUGUCCAUGUCCAAAGGGAUUGAAGUGUGCAAACAAUGAUAGACAGUAUUUAACUGCUGAAUUGUAACAUCAUCAAGCAUUUUUCACGUGUGCUAUUUUAUGAAUGAAAACCAGCCUCUCCACUCAAGGAGAAUGAUGAGAGGUAUGCCAAAGGAUUAAUCCUGCUUAAAAACUUAAAUUUUCAGUACUCUUAAUUUCUUUCAGUUUUGGUUCAGCUUUUACAUAGUUAUCUAUCAAACUGACCCUAAGUUCUGCAAGAUUUUAACAAGAAAAGUCAGUUGUGCAACCGCUGUACUUUUUGUGUGUUCACCUUAUAAGAAAAUUUUAAAAAUUCCACAUAUACUCUGAAGAGUUCUUGUGAUGGAUGGUGAUCAGAUUUAUUCAUUAUCAGAUCAAGUUCGAUCAUGAGGCAAUUCAUGGUUUAGUGAAGAAUGGAUUACAUGACCCCGAGGCUUAUUUCUUGACUGUUUUGCAUUAUAAUGAACCCAGACAGAAGACCAGGUAACCGAGGUCUUCACUGAAAACCAGAUGUUUUGCCUGGUCUCAGUUUGACAGGGAAUACAAAUGAUCAAGAUAAAUUAAAUUUGUGAUUGCAUAUUCCUACUACAGUGCAGCGACUUGGAAUUUGAAUAUAAAGAUAUAUUUUUGAAGUAAAGAAAUAUUUGGUCUUCAAACUGCACAGCCUUCUGGUUUGUUUUUUCAUUGCCUUUAAUCUUUAUUUUUGUGUUAAUGUGUGGAAGUAAAAGAUUAUGCCUUCAGGGAAUGAGUUUCCAUUUACAAUUAGAUGUUUGAGUUGACAUUUAGGCUUUUUCAUUUACACAAUCAAGUAUGAGUAUCUUAAACAUGCAUGUUAACCAUACCAUACUGUGAAUUUAACCAUACUAGGGAGUUCUGCUGUUGACCUCUGAGGAACCAAGGUUUUCCCUGUAUUCCAAAUACUUAUUCAGGAUUUUGGAUGAAUUGUUUUUUAUUACUGAAGUGAUACAGCAUAAAAGUUGGUAUAGAUUUACAUUAAGAAUAUUUAAGUAAUAUGUACUCAGAAUUUGCAUGGAAAAUCUAGGCACAAAUGAUGAGUUGAAUUUCAAGCUUAAGUGAUUUUGUAAAUGUGUAAAUUACAUAGUCCAAAACUGUGGAUUUUUUACUUCAAGUCAAUCUCUGAACCUCUUCGCCUUCAGCCUUCCCCGUGCAAUCUCAUAGCAGUGAUCAGUUAUUUCAGUAGUAUAUUAUCCCAGGCCCAUAAAUUUACAAAAAUACUCCCUUCCUUUCAGUUGUCUGAUAUAUUUUACAAAAAUUAAAGCUGGCUUUGUGUUCUACCCUUUCAUACUUUAUUGAUAACAUUUUUUAAAAUUAAAUUUUAUCUCUCUAUAUUUGUUCACUUUGCUUUACAUAUCGUAAUUGCUGAUAUACCUGUCUCUAAGUAAUCCUGUGGUGGUUCUGGUAUAUUAUAACCAUAAAUUUCAGUUGAAAAACUGGGAUUUCUGGCUGGUUUUUAAUUUAAGACAGUGAUAUAGUCUGAAUGGUUAGCAUUUGUUAUUUUCAUUCUGUUAAAAAGUUUUUGAAUGUCUCUGACAUCCAGUUCAUGUUGAGACUGGAUGAACAGUCAGUAUACAGAUAGAUAGUUGUUUGCUUUCCCUUUUGUUUUUUUUCUCAUUAUUUCUUGAGUUAGUUGAAGGAUGAAAUUUGCUUUCAAAUGUCCUUUUAUUUUUACUCCUUUUUCUCUUUUUAUUCCCCUUUUAAUUAAGUACUGUGGUUUUGCUCUGUUGCAUCUUUCAACUGCAGAACUAUUUUGAAUGCCUUUAUCAAGGAACUGGUUCUAAUGAUUAAACAUAGUUUCUGUGCCAGUCUCUGAAAAUUCAUAUUUAGUUAACAGUUUUGUGGAAGGAUUGCACAAUGUAGUAAAUUUAUUGAUUGAAAAUUGUCAGUCAUUUUCAAUAAAUAUACAUAAUUGUACAGAGUUGGUUUAAGUGCAUUUAAGGGUAGCAAUGGUCAAAUCAAACUUAAAAUGAGAAUAUAUUGCUUUACUUCCCUCAUUCUCAUAACUGAAAAACUGUUUCCCAGCUCUUUUCCUGCAAAGUAAGUGAAGGGCAUUAACAGAGUGUUACUACUGCUUAAUGUUAUACAAACACAUAUUCAUAUUUUUUAUAUUACAUGUAUAUAUGUUAAGUAUAUAUUAAUGAAUUCUAGUCAACAUACUACAUUUGAAAUUGUAAUUCAUAAAAUCUUUUAUGUAAGUUGUAUGGUGGGGUGUUUGGAUCAGUCAGAGGUUUAGCAGGAGAAAGUAGUAUUUAACUAUAGCUUAUAAAUAUAGAUUAUAGACUUGACACACAGUGCUGUUUGCUCUUUUCAACUCCAGUAUUUUACUUUAAUCUCAGUAAUAUUUCCUAGUGUACUAGUAAGUUGUUUUCUAAAAAUGGUAAUCCUAACAAGAGGGCCUGGUGUGCAUAGGUAGGUGCUCUUUGCUCAGAAGCAAUGGAGACUUGCUGCAAAAGUGCUGUGAUCAUGGGUUACUGGCACAGAAUUAUUAAAGUCUGUAGCACUGUGAGCUGCAGUUACACACUGGAAAAUCCCACAGAGGAAGGAAGAGAAAGAAAUAGGAGGGUUAGGGAGGCACGGGAUCAAACAGGCAGGAAUAGGGACAGAGGCCAGUCAGUCCCAGUUUACCUCCAGUGUAGGUUAACAGCAAGAUCCUCAAGAGCCCCUUGCAUCGCUGUCAGACUUAGUUUUGCUUUCACCACAUGGCCCUUUGUAUGGUGACGACAGUUCCUGUGUUUGCAGAUAAUUUCUGCUGUUUCUUGGGUGAGGAGCAUAUGGGCUGUGUCUUAAGAUAGUGCAUUUCCUGGCUUUCAAAAGUUUCAGUUUUGAUGAAAAUUAAGCUGAAAGAGAGUAUAGAAUUGUUUGAGUGAGUGAAGUAUAUUGCUAUAAGAUUUUUACUGAAAUGUUCAGCUCAUUGUGAAUUGGUCAGCCUUUGAGACUAUGGUUUGUGCAAUACUUCAGAUGUUAGACUUCUCACAACAAAACAUUUUUAAUUGUUAUUUGAAGUUAUGAGAGAAAAGUAGUUUGCAAGUCAGUUUAUCUCUACUAAUUCGAGUUCAAACUACAGCCCAUUGUAGUUGCUCUGAUUGGUGAUCAUGAUUAUGAAUUAACAUUCAUGCAGAGAAGAAAUGGCAAAGUAGGUCAUCUUCAGUAUAUUAAUGAAAAACUCCUGUAGUUCGGACCUUACUUCAAAUAGCUGGAUUCACUUGGAUCCAGUUCAGCAGGUGAAACCCUCUAUAAUAUCUUUCCAUUAGUAAGUUUGGUUUUCACCUUGACCUGCUCAAACUCACUGUUAGGUUUUUGCUGUUUGUGAUGAAUGCAGUUGGUGCUGAUUAGAAAAGGCUUUGAUCUGAGGCAGCUGCUGUGUACUGGUUUGUUGGUAAACUGUGUUCAGGGCCCCCUAAUAUAAACCAAAGGCUGCAAUCAAGGCAGCGGCAAAAGGGAAUAAAUAAGAGGUGAAUCUUGUGCCAGUGGGAACAUCUCCAGGUUCUAGAGAGGCUGCCCAUUACAGGGCUUGCCAGGUGCAAGAAUGUAUGUGGAAGAAGAACAACAGAAGAGCAGCAAAAAAGAAAAACCCUUCUGUUGCUUAGGAGAAAGAUUAAAGUGCUGUGAGAGGCUCUGUGGGCUACAGAACUGAUGAGCAAAGGUUAAGGCGCUGAAGAUGCUGUGCAACAAUUUAAAGGGGAUUUUGGUACUUGCUCAGGCUGUGCAAAGCUUCUGUCAGAGCAUCCUCAACCCUGAGGCUGACACAUGAGCUCAGUACCCAAGUACCGAAGUCCGCAGGCAAUGCUCCUGUCCUUUUAGGUGCUGGUGGGGGUAGGAUCUCCAUGCUUAUUUUUCCACAUCGUUUGCUGUAGUUGUCCAAGGUGCAAGAAACUUGUUCUACACUCAGGUUUAGCUAAAGAUUCAAAUUCGUAGCUCCUAAACUUAGAAGAGAUCCUCAACCACUUGGCUUAGUCUUUGCUAAGGACCAUCAUGGAACAUGCAGCACUUCUGAUAAGCCUGUAUCGCUUGUGGAAAAAUAAGGAACAUCGUCCUAAUCACACCUAAUUAUUUUUAGCCUAAUGACUUGGGCUGGGUUUUGAUCUUGCUCCCAGCCUUAUUGAUGUCUUUUACCUAAUGAGACUGUGAAUAAAAUUAUCAAUGGUUAGGCUAAUGCCUGGCAUUUGAGCUGCUUGCUGAUGUGAAAUAAGGCUCUGGGGUUUUGCUUUUGUGAUUUUGAUACCCAUGUGUCAUUCUAGUUUCUCAUGGCCACAUCUGGGCCUAUACUGUUGUCAUCAUUUUUAUUUAACAGGAAUACUGCCUAGUGGAGAUGGUUAGGGGGAAAGGCUUUGCUUAAGAAUGCUUGACCAUAAGAUGAAUCUGAAUUGCUGAUUUAAUUUCAGAAUUGACUUAUAAUGGUAGGAAUUAUAAUGAUAAUUAUGUUUUAUUUCGGCAGCGUAUCAGCCAAGGCCCCGAUAUGUCAGCCAUGUAUCACAAAAAACACAGCAAAAGAAAAAAUUAAUUCCCAAAGUAGUUUUCAGCCUAAAUUUAAGACUUGCUUCUUUUUUUUUAACCUCUGUUUUGCAUUAUAAAAAUAUUAAGUCUGAAGAAAAGGUAUAUUCAAAGGUCUGUAUUUUUCCAUUAGCUUCACAUAUUCUGAGAGGGUUUUUUUUUUCCAGCAAGAAGAGGACAGGCACAGCCUGUCCUUCCUUAUGCACCUAUUCCUCUAAUUUUCUGUUUGUAUGAGUCUGGAUCUGAAUACCCACUUUAAUCAGUGCAAAUAGAUUACUUCUCCUAGGGAGUGCAUGAGUCUUCGAACAAGCUAGUGGGGAGGGAGAACAUCUGUUGUCCUUUAACAUUGUUUUGAGGGCUUAGACAUCUGUUUGAAGUGUUUUCACUCAUACCACUGGGAUUUUCUAAAACUUGUAUUAUUUCCUGUGGUCCAGAGGUUGUCUCUUUUCUUUGAGAGAAAGGCCGGAGACUCCCCAUGCUUGCCUCUUCCAUGUAUGCUUCCUGUUACUAAACAAGGUCUGUUUUACAGAUACAAACUUCCGGUUACUUUUCCUGAAAAGUGUUAGCUUAUAAAUCAUGACUUUCUAAUGACAUUUAUAAGUACUUUUUAGGGACUAUUUCUUUCCCCAAGUUAAUAUGGAAGAAAUACUAAAACGUAUUUUUAAAGCCCAGUUUAACUGCAUAUUUAGGAGUAAUAAACAGGGUGAGAAACUAUCCUAUUAAGCCAAACCCACAGUCUGUAGGUGUAAUUUUGGAGUGUUCGUCCACUUUGUAAAUGUUGCAAGUAUUUUUCAUCUCAUUAAGGGAAAAUGUUAAAUGAACUAAAGUUCAGGAGCCUGAAUGUUCUCCUGCUCCCCAGUAAGCAUUUGAGGGUGACGUGAGAUCUGUCUGUAGGCUGUUUUCUGCAUUGAUUUAUCUGCUGAAUCAGGAAGUUUAUACCUGUCUCUUCUUAGAGGGGGAAUUUCCACAUAAACGGGUUUUUGUCUGUGAUUGGCUUGAGGCCUCUAAUUAAUUACAUUUCAGAUGAAGUGGGGAGAUUAUGGGUUUGUACUCUCUACUUCCGCCUGUAGGAUAUUAGGGCCCAAUGGCUAUUUUGGAGAGUUACUUUUUAGAACAAGUUUUAAAAGGCUGGAAGAAUGUGCCUUGUAAGCAUCUAGGCUUUGAAAACUUAGUCUAAUAACCCUACAUUUAUUUGUGAGUGCCAGCACUACUGGCAUCUCUUUUGUAAUGCCUUAAUAUCCUAAGCUUUUAGGAAGCCUGUGAAUUGUGGCUUGUUUGCACUUUUUUAUAAAUGCGUGUUUUACAAAUGCAUUUCUGCUUAACACAGACAGUGUUACUUCAUUUUUGGCUUAAUUUCUCAACAGUGUAAAUAAACCUCUUUUUGUAAAGCAGUUUUCCUUGCCUAUUGGUAAUGCAUCUAGAAAGUUAUUCCUCUAGAGAAAGAAAUGACAGGGCUGUUUGAUGCUGAAUACCUUCUUCCCUGUCAGGUUAAUACAGGAAAUUGUAGUUGUUGUUUCAGUGAAUAUUGUUGGUUUUGUUACCCUGAUGGGAAAUAUAUCUUCAUUAAAACAAAAUGAAACUGCUGAUAAAAUGUCUUUUAAUUAUUUAGAGCUUGUAGCUCAUGAACUUUGAAAACAGUACACUCUAGAGUAAUUUCUUUAAAAUAUUCCCAUUUAUAGACUUUUUAAAUAUAUAUUUUUUAAAGAAAGUAGUGGUAUUAAAGAUGUUUGGACAAGCUCUUAGCUGUUGAAAUGGAUUGCUUUCCACUGCCUGAAAAGGUCUGCCAUUUUCACAAAGAAUAUGAGUCAGUGAAGUUAUGUAUUAUUGCCCAUCAGUGCCUGCGUACAGAAUCCUAAGUAUGAGUCUGCAGUAGCAGGUGACAGGAGGGUAGAGAGAUGACGUACCAGUAUUUGCCUGGAAUGACCUCAUGCCAGGAAGUAAUAGGAAUUUGUUUGGCAAAGCAAAAAUAAAAGCAGGCUUACAUUUUUAGUGAAGGCAGAUGGGUCAGGGCAACGCAGGGAAUUCGUCUUAGCUGAUGAAUGCGACUGGCAUAUAAAAGGAAAUAAAACAUUAUACUUGAGAAAUGAAAUAGAAAAUGAAUCUUUCCCACUUCUUCCAGAAAUAUAUGGCCAUGUGACCUGGGGUGCGUGGCACACUGGGGAUGUGUUGAUUCUAGUGCUUCAGAAAGGUGACAGGACUCAGCAGAUCAUCAGGAGCCCUCAUUUAUGACACAAUUUCUGCAUGUUAGGGAAGCAAUUGAAAAAUGUAUUUACAAGUGAAUUGUUGAACACAAUUGCUGCAGAAGGUUACUUGAGGAAUGAAAUGUCUCAGUUCUUGGUCAGUCUGCUUUACAUCAGAUAACGUGCCAUCCCAAGAUGGUCAUUUAUUAAAGUUAGCAUUUUAGCUGUCUUUACCGCAGGAACUGAAGUUGAAUGCAGUAACAAGAUACAUAUUAUCUGCAAAGUACUUCUCCUGACACCGUCAUGAUACCAAGUGUCAGGAAAAUUUUGAAUACCUUACUGAAUUAUUGUACCUGAGCUUAAUAUGCAGUAACUUGAAGUUUCAUUCUAUUCCCAUCAUUUUUUCUAUACAAAGCAUAUCAUGUUUUCAUUUCCAGCACUUUAUGCCUGUUGUUUGUUCCUCACAUAAAGAUAAAAAGAUUUAUGUACAGGGGCUCCAAGAGGGAAUUUCAUGCUUUGACAUGAGAUUAUAUAAUUUUCUUCAAAACAGAAUGGUCAGCAAUAGGGUUGUCUUUGUUUUCUGUUUUGUUUUGAGAACUAGUCACCAGAAGAUAAGAUACCAAUUGGACAUAACUUGGAUAGUGAGACUGGAAUUCUUCUAACCAGGCGCUAGUUGUAUCUUGAGAAGACAAACACGAAGCUCUUUUUUUUGAGUAUAUGAAUUUGUUUUUUUAUUGGCAUGGAAAAAAUAAAGAACUGUGGUAGAUAAAAUGUAAUCCUUUGAUUUGAAAAUCAUAUGAGUUAAUUGUCAUGGUUAAGUAUCAUGAAAAUACACCUACUGAAUCCAGGUUUUUUGAUGCAGCAUGUGCAUGUGCUGGCCCUGGAGGAGUCAGCAGCAUUCAAACAGAAGUUACUACCUCUUAAGUAAACUCCAAGCUCAUUCUGUGAUUUGCUGUUAAGAAAAGUCACACCCUGAACUGUGUCAGCAUUGAACCUUUAGACUGUAGGUUCACAUUUCCCUAACACAGGAAGUGACUCGCUGAAAUGUUUGUUCUUCACCUUUCGAUCUACUUUCCUCAGGAAAACAGGGAUCUAUUUACUCCACAAUGUGUUGGUGCUUCUUAUCAGACUGUAAAAUGUCCCUGCCAGGCCAGGCAUUGGUCAGUAUUUGUUAGUAGCUGGUAUUCUGUUUGUAGAAGGCCAGUUGCUGUAUAUAAUACUUGGGAAGCAUGUUCAUAUUCUGGUGUAGACCUGGCAGUUGUUACAGGCCAUGAUCUUUGCUUUGAUUUGCUUUCUAUUUGAGUAAUGCUGCAUUAUUUGCAGGCAAUGUGUGGCCCUGUAAUUCGAAAGUGUUACCAUUCCCAAGAUAAAAUCCUGCACUGAGAAUGACCCUCUGGAAAUGACAUCUUACCCUUGUAACUCCACUGCUUUGGGAAGAGCUCUGCAUGGGCACUUGGAGAGUGUGGCAGAGCUGUCCACUUUUAUGAAGGACUUACUUGAGCCUGUUAAGACACAGAGGUAGCUGAGGAUCAACAAAAUGGUAUGAGGAAAUAGCCUGCCAUGUUAUGUUUGAACAUGAAACUACUAAGGAUGGAAAUUUGGAGGAAAUCUGGAAUCUCUCUGCUGUUUGUGGUUUGUUGACACUGGCUGUAUGCUAGGUGCCCACCAAAGCAUCACCAUCACUCCACUCCUCAGCUGGACCGGGGAUAGAGAAUAUAAUGGAAGGCUCGUGGGUCAAGAUGAGGACAGGGAGAGAUCACUCGCUAAUGACAGUUGUAGGCAAAACAGCCUCAACUUGGGGAAAUCAGUUUAAUUUAUUACCAAUCAAAUCAGCAUAGGUUAAUGAGAAAUAAACACAAAUCUUAAAAUACCUUUCCCUCAUCCUUACCUUCUUCCUGGACUCUGCUUCAUUCAGCUCUCUACCUUUUCCCCAGCAGCAGCACAGGGGGACAGGGAGUGGAGGCUGCAGUCAGUUCAUCUCACAUUGUCCCUGUUGCUCUUUCCUCCUCGGGGAGGACUCCUCACACUCUUGCCCUGCUGCAGCGUGGGGUCCCCUUCCACAGGAGAUAAUCCUCCACGAACUUCUCCAAAGUGAGUCCUUCCCAUAGGCUGCCACUCUUCAUGAACUGCUGCAGUGGGGGUCCCUUCCAUGUGGUACAUUCCUUCAGGAACAAACUGCUCCAGUGUGGUUCCCUUGCGGGACCACAGGUCCUGCCAGGAGCCUGCACUAGCGUGGGUUUCCUGCAGGAUAACAGCUUCCUUUGGGCACCUCCACCUGCUCCAGUGUGGGGUCCUCCAUGGGCUGCAGGUGGAUCUUUGCUUUGUUGUGGUCCUCCAUGGGCUACAGGGGCACAUCCUGCCUCACCACAGGCUGCAGGGAAAUCUCAGCUCUGGCGCGGGGAGCACCUCCUCCCACUGCUCCUUCACUGACCUUAGUGUCUGCAGAAGUGUUCCUCUCACAUUCUCACUCCACCCUUCUCUGGCUGCAACUUGCUUCUGCCCAAUAAUUUCUUUUCCCUUCUUAAAUACAUUAUCCCAGACAGAGGUGCUACCACUGUCCAGCAGCAUGUCCAUCUUGGAUUCAAUACCUAUCCUGAGGUUCAACUGCAAAAAUAGGAGAAGGAGUACAUGUGUGAUUGGUUUCUGUUUAAAUAACUGUAAGUUUUGGAAAAAAGCCUUUACUAUUCUAAUGUGCACUUGUCAAGCACUACUUCAAUAAAAAUGUGAACACA